UUGCGAUCGCAUAACUAUGUUUUUAGGAGUUCGGCAAUACUUUAGUCUUGUAAGAUUCUUUCACAGAUACAAAAUUCUCGAUUUUUUGGAACCGACAUCAUGCCAAGUAUUAACUGUGAGCACUGCACUCGUUACGAUUACUCUACUAUCUACAAUGUACACGUAUGCCCUAGCAAGUAUUCUCCUAGCUACAAUUUUAUUGCUUGCCUCUUCAUCAAUCCUUACACUGAAAUUCUUGUUCGUAUCGCGCUUGCUGAUCAUCGAAACCGACAUGAUAGCACCGUUCUUCAAAAGCAAGGAUCGAACGUACAAGAAUUGGAUGAAACUGAUGUGCCAAUCCGUAGUUUACAUGCUCCAGUUUGUUGAGUUUGGUUCUGUAAUAGCAUUACUGGUUGUGUCCGCAACAUUUUUGUCGACAUUAUUGUUGCAUUUUCUUUUCGUGCGGUUCUUAUUCGUAACCAUAUUGUUCUUGAAACUUUUACUAGGAUUACUGCAAUGGCUGAUGAUGGCAUUCACUACAACAAUUUGUACGAUAAUACUGGUUGAAAUCUAUGUGCUUGCAAUAAGUUACAGUUUGAGUGCCUUGUUGGUGAUUUUCAGAGAUAAUCGAAAAAUGGUGAAAAGCGAGAAAUUUUUAAUCAUUUUGUGAAUUAGAAAACUCUAUCAAUGUAUUCGUGUAACAAACACAUUGUUUGUUGUUCUUCUUUCGAUAAAAAAUAAAA